CUGCCCCGGAAGUAAUCUGGAACCUUCCCACGCUCGGCAGUUAUCUCAAGAGUUAAAUUAAGUUUAAUUACGUUCCCCCUUUUUGAACGGGACAUGGUGAUAGAAAAGAUAUCUUUAGCGGAACUGGAACAAAUGGAGGAAGACGGCAACUAUUAUCAGCUUUGAAUGCUUAGAUGCCGUUAGGACGAAACCCCGGAAGGGAUUAUAUGUAUUUUCCCGAGCUCGGAUACUAUUAUUUUUUAAAUGCCAACAAGUACAAAAGAGAAACUUUAAAAGGAACAGCUUAAAAGGUAGACAUUCUCCAAGAUUCAGGCUGAUAUCAUCCUGAGAAAACAGAAAAUGAAUUCUGAAUCAAAAAAGCAGUUGAAUAUCAUAGUUCUAGGAACAGCUUUUAUGUUUAUGUUCACUGCUUUCCAAACUUGCGGAAAUGUUGCGCAAACUGUUAUUACAAAUUUAAACCAAACUGAUUUUCAUGGCAGUGGCUAUACAAGCAUGGCUGUUAUUUAUGGGGUGUUUUCAGCAUCAAAUCUGAUUUCGCCAUCAGUGGUUGCCAUCAUAGGACCGCAAUUGUCCAUGUUUAUUAGUGGCAUAUUUUACAGCAUAUACAUUGCCAUUUUUAUCCAGCCUUCUACUUGGACUUUCUACACUGCCUCUGUUUUCCUUGGAAUAGCUGCCGCGGUACUCUGGACUGCUCAGGGAAACUGUCUGACAAUAAAUUCUGAUGAGAAUACCAUUGGCAGAAACAGUGGAAUAUUCUGGGCAUUAUUACAGUCCAGCUUGUUUUUUGGAAAUCUAUAUAUAUACUUUGCUUGGCAAGGGAAAACUCACAUAUCAGAGAGUGACCGUAGGACUGUCUUCAUCGCUCUAACAGUGAUCAGUCUUGUCGGCACCGUUCUGUUUUUUCUCAUUAGAACUCCAGAAGAAUCAAAGUCGGAGGAAGACGAAACCACUUCUGAUAACUUUAGAGAACACACGUCUGGCCAGAGCAAAAUGACAAAGGCUGUAGAUGCAUUUAAAAGAUCUAUCAAGCUGUGUGGCACAAAAGAGAUUCUGCUACUUAGCAUCACAACAGCUUAUACAGGUCUGGAAUUAACAUUUUUCUCUGGAGUAUAUGGGACCUGCAUAGGUGCUGUAAAUAAAUUUGGUACUGAAGAAAAAAGCCUUAUUGGGCUCUCUGGUAUUUUUAUUGGCAUUGGAGAAAUAUUAGGUGGAGGAAUCUUUGGCCUCUUGAGCAAGAAUAACCGAUUUGGCAGGAACUCAGUGGUGAUGUUAGGCAUUGUCGUCCAUUUUGUAGCCUUUUACUUGAUUUUCUACAACAUACCAAAUGAUGCCCCCAUUGCAUCUAUUCAUGGGACAGACAGCGUAGCAUUCAUGGAACCAAGCAAAGAAGUGGCAAUUUUUUGCAGCUUCUUAUUGGGCCUUGGUGAUAGCUGUUUCAACACUCAACUUCUUAGUAUUUUGGGAUUUCUGUAUUCAGAAAACAGUGCACCUGCAUUUGCAAUCUUUAAAUUCAUCCAGUCUGUCUGCGCAGCCAUUGCUUUCUUCUACAGCAAUUAUCUGCUUCUUCAAUGGCAGCUUCUGAUUAUGGCUGUGGUUGGAUUCUUUGGGACACUUUCGUUCUUCACCGUGGAGUGGAAGGCCCCAGCUUUUGUCUCCAAAGCCUCUGAUUAUAGCAGCAUUUGAUGAAGGCGUUUUCAUUGAAAUGAGACAGUGUUCUCAUGCAAACACACCCAAACACAUUAAAAAAACUUGCUAACAGAAAAAACAAACACCAAAGAUUUAAGAAAAGGUUCCUUUGUCAGCUAGUGGUAAUGAAAAUCACACGCUACAAUGUGGAAAAAGGACCUGGUGACUGGGGCACAGAGGUGUGCUUUUUUUAAUUUCUACUUUCAGAGUGCAUCUUGGCUUUAUGACUACCCAUUGUAGAAAUUUUACCAUUUCCCUUUUUAAUUAUUUUCCUUUUUCUGUUUCUGAAGCCUUGCAAACCACAGCCUUGUCAAAAAAAAAUUGUAUGUAUGAAAAUAUUCCUGCCAACCCAUUGACCCAGAAGAUGAAUAUACAGAUGUAUUUUGAGAAGACCAGCUCCAUUUAUGAAAUUCUGUAGAAAGGAUUCUACUGCUUUAAUUUGUUUUCUAAUCUUGUUUUUUCUUACAGUCUUAUAUUACAAUGUGAAAUAGCAACUUUUAAAAAGAGAGGGUAAACAUUAUGGGAUAGUAACAUAAGGGAAUUAAAUGCACAUACACAGUAUUUUCCUAAGUUUAUGUGAAAUCUAAUCAGACAUAAAAAGCGAGAGCCCCUGUAGUCCCAGUAUCUUUCCCUGUAUGUUAAGAGACUAUAUUAUCUUUUUUCAGGAUUACAUUUGUAAUAGAAUUUGCUGCUAUAAGAUUACUUCAGAAAUCCCCAAGGACUUUUCCCUAAUAAUCAAACAAAUACUCUCAUACCUUAGUGGCCUUGGUAAAUUCAAGGUGACUUGCUGGAUGCAUGAAAAGAGGUGUCUUUUGGGAAAGUCCCAUGUGGGAUUUUAGCCUUGUUUAUGUCAAUUAAUAUUUUGGGCAGCGGCAUUUGGGGAAAGCCUCAACUAUUGCAAUCUACCGUUUUUUAAAAAAACUAAUUAUGCUUUGAAUAUACUCUGAAUGUCCUAUUCUGAGUACACAUUGCCAGGGCAUUAAGGAAGAACAUCACUAAGGACAAUGACACAAGAAUAUCGGGGCUAUUUAAAAUGGAUUUAUACUGAAUGUACAAUGUAAUCUAAUGAUACCUACUUGGAAAUACGUCCUGCUGAUUUCAGUGUGUAGGUAAAUGUGUAUAGGAUUACAGCCCAAGGGUGCAGUCUCUUUGAUUGUGCCCUGGAUGCUGCUAAGUGCCAAACUCUGAAACAGUGCAGAGUGGGAAAGGCAGUGAAAGUACUCUCUGCCACCCUGCUCUUCCUACUGCGGUUCAGUGUGAUGGCUGAAUUGUCCAUCUGAGUUGCUUCAGAGUGGGAGGGAAGGAGGCUGGUUUUCCAUCAGGAUACUCUCAUCAGGACUCAGGUUAGUCCUAGUCUCCUCCCCUCCCUGUCCCCGCAAGGACACCCCUCUCUGAGGUUGGUUUCCUGACUUGGGAGAAGUAGCCAGUGUGAUCAAAGCGCAGACCAGCUCCCCCAAGGUCAGGGACGUUUCCAUUCUCAGAGCUGGAAAAUGAAGUAUCCUAUGGUCCACAGAUAUGUGACAAUCACAUGUGUCUGUGCUUUUGCGUUUGCACAAUAGACAUGCAAAUCCUCAGAAAAACUAACAUUUGACUUGAAUUAAGUUAAUUUCCAGAAUAAUUCCAUUGAUGUCAGUGAGAUUCCUGUAGAAGAAAUUAUUUGAUAAUUUCUAUCUGCUCAGGGGAGUAAUUUCCCAAGGGCAGUGCUGAAAGAGGGGGAAAAUGUUUAUUUUUCUUCUCAAAGGGUGAUGGAUGAAAAGGAUGCUUCAAGGCUAGAAGUAAGAAGCUUACACUUAGAGUUGCUGGUGUGCAAGCCUCAUGGGAAUGACUUCAUUUAGACCUCAGAUAAAACAAGAGUUCAGUGGGUUGUGUUCAGAACUCUUACUGUGAAGUAACCCCACUUCAUGCAGUAGGACUACAUGAAAACUAUGGGUUGAGGUUUGCAAGCUUAAAGGGAGUGCCUUUUAAAUAUAUACUUGAAGUUUGUGUUCAGUAAGCUAAUAAUAUUGGUAGGUGUAUCUUUUGUAAAUGUAGGAUCAGAUUUGUGCACAUAUAUUUCACACAAAAACAAAAAGUAGUUUACAAUUGCACUAUUUUUUAAAAGUGUCUUCUGCGUAUGGGUGAGUGUUACUAUUGAGCCUACAAUCCUCUGUGAGUAAACCUCAUUGAACUCAGUAAGUCUGAAUAGAAUUGUAUUGCUGGAGCAGUAAAAAGUAGCAUAUGAGGAAGGCUACAAUCCUCUGAACUCUUACUUAAGAAUGUAUUACACUGAUGUCAGUGGGAUCUACUUUUGAGUAAAUAUAGUUAAUCUGAGUGUAUGACAACAGUCCCAGGUAAUGCUUAUUAGGGUGUAAGUUCUGUUCCAUUCAGUGGGACAUACUUCUGUAAGUUCAUAGUGUUCCGAAGUAGACCAUUUAAAAAAUGAGGACUACAUUUGUUUUUUGCAGACUAUGACCAGAUUGGAAAAGCAAGACAAGAUAUAUUUAGAAAAACAAACACCAAAAAUAUAUACAAAGAUAUAUACAAGUGUUCAUGCUGAGUGAAUCCACAACUGCUCACCUGAGUUCUCAGUUGUAACAGAAAAAAACUUAGUAACAUUUUCACUAACUACAGGAAUAGUGUUGGCUAAACAGUAAGAUACAUAAAACUGACUGUCUCUGCCAGGAAACUUAGAUAAUAAAGGCACAGUCAAUUCUCUCCUAAUAUCCUGAUAGGACCUCCAAUAUAAUAAAACAUGCAUUGCAUUUUCUAAAUCCCUGGACAACAGUGUUGCCAUGAAGACUCUUGACUGAAUCUCCUCUCCGACAUAGCAGAUGGUAAAGCAUUUACAUACACCAGUAUAACUGCAGCCUGAGGUUAUACAUCAGAACAGUUUUUAGAUAGUUAGCCCCUUGGCUCCCAGUAGGGAACUGAAUGCCAAAAAUAGAAAAAAAUUAGCUGCCAGGAAUAUCAAUGUUUGCCAUGCAGUAUUGUACAAUCUUAACAAAAGGACUGUUCCUUUUCCUUGGAAGGACUAAAUGGUAUUGAAUAUGCAGCAAGGAGUAUACUCAAUAUCAUUUUUAAUUGGAUCACCAGCUCCUAACUUGGGCUUAUUAAUCAAUACAGUCUAAUGCUCUAAUUGUAUUUCAGAGGCAAACCUGUGGAGCCUACAACUUAUUUUCUCCACGGAAAUUUUGCAACAGACUGUUUCCAUUAGAGCUGUCAAGCUGAAUUAGUUAGCUGAAAGCAUGGCCCUAUGUUUGUUAAGACAGAAGUUCUACAACUACCAACAUUCCACAUCUUCUGUCUAAAAAUGUAUAGGAUCAUGCCUCUAGUCAAUUGCUUUGUUUUGCAUCACUGAACUGAAGAAAUUACUUCUGAGUAGGCAUGUAUUAAUCCAUGGAAAAAUAAACAAGUAUUAGAUGACCAACUAUUUUAACUGAGUGACAGCCAUAAUUGUUUUUCAGCCUAUUAACUAUAGCAGGCUGUACCAUUCCAGAGCCACCCAGUACCCCUUGUGGGUAUUUUUACUGCUAGGAAUGAAAGCAUGGGUCUAUCUGGGGGACCCAAACAGUCAUUUUCUUCAAAGCCCAUAAUAAGGAAAAACACUUGACCUUGUCAGUGCUGCACAUGAUUGUGGUCACCUAUGAAGAAGCAUGCAAUUUACUUCUGCUGUGUUGUUGAACUAUGUCGUGAGUCCUAAAAAGGAUAGGUGUAAAUGUAUUUCUGGCAUCACAAAAUUUAUGAUGCUGAAAAAUGCACGCUGUGUUUGGGAAGAUACUGUUCUUGAAAUUGGCAUGCCUCAGAAACCUUGCUCAUUGCGGCAUCAUUAUUGGUGAUGCAAUACUUUAUUUUAUUAGGUGUUUUAAACAAGUUUACUGAAGGGAAUGCAUCUCCAUAAAAUGCUAUUUUAAAAAUCAUCCUGCAGGGACAAAGAUUGUCUCUCUCUAUAUCUUUCUCUCUCAAGAAAAUGAGCAAGUGAGCAUGCGCUUCUUCAGCAUACAUGCAUCCUAAAUAGGCAGCCAUAGUGAUCACUGAAUGAUUUUUGCUACCGGAUUAACCAUCAUAGCUCAAGAUGAAUUCCCAAGGGUCAUUCUGCCAUUAUUUUAACAAGGCAAGUUUUAUGCACAGACAUCAAAUUGUUAGUUUGUGGGCAACAGGAGACUGAGUCAGGGCCUUAAAAGAUCCUGGGGGCGGAGGGGGUGGGAAGGAAGAGCAUCAUAGCAUCUCCAGCUUUGACCCUUGACUAAGUAGAAACUGGAGGCAUGCAGGCCCAAGAAGGUUAUUCCUCAUUUACACACCAGUGGUUGGAGAAGAGCUGCAACAAUGACUCGGUUGUGAGCAAAGUCACUUAACUUUUAUCAGGAAAUAUCUUUAAAAGGAUGUAUUGGGAACCACAACUGCAUGGGCUAAUUAGGCUAAUUUUAUUUGGUUAUUUUACAUUAUGGAUUGUAGAAUGUCAGAACAAGUGUCAUUUCCAGAAAGAACUGGUUGAACUUCCCCCAGCUGUUCAUUUGAUCCAGAAAUGGAUUCAUGGUUUUUGUUGUUGUGGAGCGAAUGAAAACCAAGGAACAGAGAACCAAAUGAAGCAAAAAGCUCACAAAAAUAGGGAGUUGGUGCCAUCAGUCACUGCAUCUCUCAGAGAGAGAGGAGACAUCAAUUCACAGAAACAACCUGAGGCUUCUUUAAAGAAAAAUUUCAGCUGGGGAGAAGCACUGCAUCUGCAAUUAGUUUGAGCCAUUAGAUUUUAUCAGCAUGAAUUUUGCAGUGCAUUUGCCUUGAUGUUUGGCAUUAUUCUUUCCAAUCAUAACAAUUUUGUAAAAUAGAUUUUCUGGUUUUGUUCUAAUUGCGUUUAUGUUGAUUGUUCAGGGCUGAGCAACUUUUGAAUCUCAAGAUACUUUGACCUACAACUCCUAUGACUGUGCUAGCUGGGAGUGAUGGAAAUUGUAGGCCAAAACAUCUGGAAGGCUUUAGGUUCCUCAUCCCUGCUCUAGAACCUCUAUUCUUUAUGAUUAAAUGUAUUCUGUUAUAUCACCUAGCCUGUGAAAAUGUUGAGGAUAGUUUUGCUUCAUUUCUUUCCAUUACACCUACCCAUAUAAAAGUGAAUCACAACAAAUCUAUCUGUAUUUUGCAAAUAGGCUUAGAGACUUUGGGGUUAAAUACAUGAGAUGGAUUAUGUACAAAAUUCUUUGCUGUAUCUGGCCUCACUCUAGAGAACAAUUAAAUUCAUUCUUUGUUACAUUAAUAAACCAUUUCACCAAUGCUGUA